UUUCAGGAAACACUACAAACAUGGCGUCAACAGGAUGGAUGGAUUUCGUCUUUUUAGGUGUCUUUAGAUGAGCCUGCGUUUUAGACUACAGCGUCGAUUCCUCUCCGGCGGAGAAACGGUCAACGUGUCUUCGAGCAGGAAAAAGCGCCAACUUCUCUUUGCACCGUCUGAAUAGUCAAACAGCGGACUAAAUGGUUUGAAUGACUGUAUAUUUGGGAAUAUAUAUUAAACCUGAAGCUGAAAUGAGUCCUUCAGUGAGUUGCGCUGUUCGGUCUCAGUAAGAUACCAAGGAGAACGAAAAUGUCAGGUCUGCUGGCUGAGAAUGCGGGAGCAGGACAGGAGAGUCCUGUGAAGAGGAACAAACUUUCCUUAAAGUUCUUCCAGAAGAAGGACACAAAACGAGCUCUGGAUUUCUCCGAACCUCAAGCAGAAGAGGCCAAAACAGUAGAACAAGAAGAUUCUCCAGCCAGCUGUGAUCAGGUGGUGUAUGGCCCUGCCCCCUGUCCGUCUUCACCUGGCCUUCCAAUCCCGUGUGAGAAGAAAGAGAACCUGGUGCCUUUUGUGGGUCUCAAUAACCUUGGCAACACCUGCUACUUAAACAGCAUCUUGCAGGUUCUGUAUUACUGCCCUGGCUUCAGAGAAGGGGUCAAGAACCUGUACAACCUUUCCAAAAGACCAGAGAAAUCAAAGGAUGAAAAUGAAGAGCCUCAGAGUCUGCAGUCGGAGUGUGUGUCUGAGACUGUGCCGGCUCACAUCGAGCUCCUUGGGAGCUUCAGCAGCCUGAUGACCUCAGUGGAGCAGCUGCAGUCCAGCUUCCUGCUCAACCCUGAUGGCUUCAGUGAGGGAGAGCUGGCCACGCCCCCUCGCAAAAUACUUCACACCAUCAGGCUGCUGAACCCUAUGUAUGAAGGCUAUCUCCAGCAUGAUGCUCAGGAGGUUCUGCAGUGCAUCCUGGGAUACAUUCAGGAGGCCUGUGACACUAUCAGAAAGGAGCAGGAGCUGGAGAGGAAGGAGGACAACGACACAGACGUUAAAAAGGAGAAUGGCGUUCCCUCGGAUUCCAGUUUCUCUGUGACGGAAUCCAGAACUUCCACAGACGAGGACGGACAAGUCAGCGGAAAGAGGAAGAGUGACACAGAGGUGGGAAACGCCAAGAAGAAGCCCAAGUCUAAGAAGUCUGAGUCCACUGAGGAAAAUGUCUGUAGAAACAAACCCUUCACUCGCUCGAAGAGGAAGUCCUCCAGUGAUAUCACCGUGGACAGCGCUCAGAGUAAAGAGGGAGAGCAGGAGCAAGCGGAGGAGAAGAAGAAUCUGAAUCCUGAUGAAGAGAAAGAUGAAAAAGCAUCCAGUAAAGAGAGAAGUGGGAAAAGAAAGAAGAGAGGUACUCUAGGUUGGCUGAGAUCAUCAGGGAAGCAGCCAAGUAUUUUCUCAAAGUUCUACAGCGUCGGGAAGAUCAGCUCUACAAAUCCAAAACCUCAGAACAAAUCUGAGCCAGAGAACAGACCGUCAGAGGAGCCAAAACAGAAAAGCACUCAACAGUCUGCAGCAAGGAAGUCAGAUAAAGAUCAAACAGAGAAACAGCAAGACGUUCUGGGCCUGAUGGAGAAACUGUUCCAGGGCCGACUGGUGCUGAGGACUCGUUGUCUGGAGUGUGAGAGCUUCACAGAGCGGAGAGAGGACUUCCAGGACAUCAGCGUGCCGGUGCUGGACGACCAGCCCGCCAGUCCAGAGGACCCGUCUGAAGUCUCUCCAGACCCAAAGCCUGAGAUGAAGACCUUGACGUGGGCCAUUUCUCAGUUUGCCUCUGUGGAGCGCAUCGUGGGCGAAGAUAAAUACUUCUGUGAAACCUGUCAUCACUACACGGAGGCUGAAAGGAGUUUGCUGUUUGACAAAACUCCUGAAGUCAUCACUAUUCACCUUAAGCGCUUCUCUGCCAGCAGCUUGGAGGUGGAUCCGUACGCAGGCCUCUCUAAAGUCAACACUCCCUUACAGACGCCCCUCACCCUGUCUCUGAACGAGUGGUGCACAAAGCCAUCGGCUGCUACAGGACAGCAGUACGAACUGUUUGCUGUGGUCAUGCACAGUGGCGUCACCAUCAGCAGCGGCCAUUACACCACCUACAUCCGCAUGGCCGAUCUGAAGGACGUGAAAGUCUGGCUGCAGGACAAGAAAGAAAAAGUUACUGAGGAGGAUCUAAAAGAAAGCAAAGAGAGAGCACAGACAGAUGAAAACACAACCUUCGACGAUGGCGAGGUGUCGGUCAGCCUGAGCACAAGGGGGCAGCGGCGAGCAGGUUUGGCUAGCACUAAAUCAGGGAGCAAAAAGCUUUUGGAGGGAGGCAUUGGACUCCUGGGGGGACAGAGGAGUUUGCCCAAUUGCGAGCUGGGAAGCGGGAGCAAAGCAGCUAACCGUGACGCAGCGGAGGGAUCUAAACGGAGAAAGACGCUAAGCAGCUCCGGCCAGAAUACAGGCGGACUCAAAAAGGAGCCGGAAGAUGCUGCAAUGGCUCCCCCUGGUGGGAUGGAAGCAGCAGAGCAGCAAGCUUUAACCAGCCUGCUGGAGUAUGAGGGCAAAUGGCUUCUGUUUGAUGACUCUGAAGUGCGUUUGUUUGAGGAGGAGGACUUCCUGCGAGCCUGCUCUCCUGAAACGUGCUCCUCAUCUACACCCUACCUGCUGUUCUACAAAAGGAUGCCCGAGCCCCAGCACUAAAAUAAACACAAGACAUAAAUGUACACACACACAUAUAUAUCUGUAAUUGUUGGUGCCAAAAACGUUCAUCGCCAUUUCAACACAUUAUCUAAAGUUUGUUUCCACCUGCAGCAAUCUCCUCCUUUAAGACCAAGGCCAGUUGACUCUCCUCUAAACCAGAGGCUCACUAUAAAAACUAGCCGAGUUUAAAAAUGUUUCCUCGUUAUUUUUUUUGUACAUGUCAGGGAUGUUUAAGCCUUUUUUGUACAGACUUAGUUGUUUGUAGUGGUGUAUUUUUAACACUGGCUUUCAAAAAUAGUCUGUAAGGGUUGUUAGUGGCAAGAGUACUUUUCAGCACAGCUUUUAUUUAGAUCAAAGACUUUGUUUUUCUUUCCAUGUGACAGAAUUUGCAAAAUACUUUUUCAAUGCACUGUUUUCUCAAACUGUCGCUUUAUUUUUUUCUCAAAACUUCCAUUUGUAUGCUGUUUUUUAUUACUGUGCUUGGGCCUUCAGAAAGUAAAUUUUUUUUGAUAUAUUGAAACAUAUUUACAAUAUAUUUCUAUUAGAAAUACAAAAAUAACUGUGUGCAAUCUGUUUAGAAAACCAGGUUUUUAUAUCACAUUUUAUAUAGUCAAAAUUCCAGUAGUAUCCAGAAUUUAAAAAAGCGCAACUCCUGAUUUAAAAUCCUUUUAUCCUUUAUGCUCAUUACAGAGUUUAGUAGUAUAUUGAGGGAAAGUAAAUGGUUAAAGCUGCCCAUUAUCCAUCCUUUUUUUGUGCAAUGUUAUGUUUAAUUGAUCACACAUUCACUUCCUGCCUGAGAGAAAAUAAUUGAAGUUAUUUCUGGAGAGGCUAUUUGAUACUUUGAGAACUCCUGAAAAAGUCCAAAUGGUUCCUGCUAUAUCACUCAUAACAGUAUUAACCACAGACAAAAAUCUUUUUCCCUAGAUUUCUUCAAAAUGCCUAACUAAUCACAAUUUUUUACAAACCCUAGAAGGGAAAAGAAGCUUCCAGAACUCCCAGACUAGACAGAUUUUUCUGCAUCCCUGAGAAUGAGAAAUCAGUUGCUUAUCUGAUAAAUAAAAAAUGUAAGAUUUGGGUCCACUCAACCUACUGCACUGCACCUUCAACUGCUUUUCCAUCUGCCCUGGGGAAAAAGGAUGAGAAUUGUAUCAUAAUUGUCAUAAUCCAGCAACCUUUUGACAUCCUGUUGUUAAUUGGCUGUGAGACAAAACUUCAUAUUGUGAAGUAUACUCUGUAUUUUGCUUGAAGAGUUUCUUCAGGAGAUAAAAGCAACUUUGAUAAGUGUGAAGCUGUAGACCAUACCAGCUAUAAUUACCUUUGGGUUGACAGCAGACAAGCAAUAAAGUUUUUACCUCCA